CCCAACCCCACCGCGCGCGCGCUCCACAGAAAAUAAUCUCCGCUGCUUCUGCCGCUUUCCUCCUGCGCUGUUUCACCACCCACGAGUUCCACGCCCGAGUGACUGAUCCGUUGGACGCUUCCUCCUCCUCCUGCGGGUUAUAAGAAUUUUUCUUCAUCUUUACCAAUCACCACCACCACGGCACCACCUGGUCGCUCGUCGGAGCAGUCGCGGUAGCGUAGCGAGCAGUGGCAUGGCCUCCUCGGUCGCGUCCGCGUCGUGGGUGGUGCUGCAGCCUCGGGCGGCGUCGGCGUCGGCGUCGGCGGGGCACUCCUGCCGCGUGCUGCUAGCGUUCGCGCCGCUGUCCCGGUCGGCCGGGACGCCGACACCGCGCCGGCGGGUGGAGCCUCUCCCGCCGCCGCGGUGCUCGGCGCUCGAGGAUCCCGGUCCCAGCGACGUCGGCGGGGAGGGAGGCAGGGUGGAGGAGGAGGCGAGGAGGGAGGAGCAGCCCCGCCGCCGGCGGCCGCGGCGGCCGGUGUGGAGACGGAUCUUGUUCGCCUCCAAGAAGACCCGCAGCAUCAUCGUCCUCAACGCACUGACCGUCAUCUACGCGAGUGAUAUCCCGGUUCUGAAGGAGGUUGAAGCCCUGACCGAGCCUGCAGUCUUCAACAUGGUGCGCUUCGUAGUCUCAGCCAUCCCCUUCAUACCGUUCGCGAUACGAGCGUUUGGAGAUCGCCAUGUCCGGAAUUCCGGGCUGGAGCUGGGUCUGUGGGUUAGUUUAGCAUACAUUUCUCAGGCACUAGGGCUGAUCUCAUCUGACGCCGGCCGAGCAUCCUUCAUCACAGCCUUCACGGUGAUUGUGGUGCCCCUAAUUGAUGGCUUCUUUGGCGCCUCCGUCCCCAAGCUGACUUGGUUUGGCGCAAUAGUAUCACUCCUAGGAAUUGGGCUGCUGGAAAGUGGUGGCUCUCCUCCCUGUGUUGGGGACGUGCUGAACUUCUUAGCCGCGGUGUUCUUUGGGAUCCAUAUGCUUAGAACAGAGCAAAUAUCAAGAAGCACGGAUAAGAAGAAGUUUUUAGCUCUUCUUAGCUUUGAGGUCCUUGUUGUGGCUUUCUCCUCUGUGCUCUGGUUUGUGUUCAAAGAUAGUUAUGUUGACGUCAAUGAUUCCAGCUUUGAAUCAUGGACAUUUGGUAUGGUUUUGGAUACUGCAUCUUCAUUUCCUUGGAUACCGGCAUUGUACACCGGAGUUUUCUCAACAGUAUUGUGCAUGUGGGCAGAGAUGGUAGCGAUGGGUGAUGUUUCAGCAACUGAAACGGCAAUUGUCUAUGGGCUCGAGCCGGUAUGGGGAGCAGCGUUUGCUUGGUUCCUCCUAGGUGAGAGAUGGGAUGAUACUGCAUGGCUUGGAGCUGCUCUUGUAUUAUGUGGCAGCUUAACUGUUCAAUUAUUUGGGUCAGCUCCUGAAAAAUCCAAGAAAGUUAAGACGCCCAGGCGCAAUACCACCUUAGAAACCCCACUGAAACAACAGGAUUACCUGUCAUUAUCUGCUAUCCCAGUCGAUUCAAGGAAGAAUAUAGGGAACCGAUUAGAGAGGAAGGACAAAACAUUAUAGCCAGACACCAACAAAGAAAUAUAUACUCGGAAGACUGUCAGAAAGAGCCCUCUCUACCAAGCUCUGAUGUUCUGAACAUCGUUGCGGGGCUUAUUUGCGUGGAAGAAGCUCGCUACGAUGCUAUCACUUAUGUUUAUUUGCAUUUUUGGGGCAUCAUCAUGAAUCCAAAGGAGAAUGUCUCAAUACGUAUUAAAGAAAAUGAGGCAUCACUGGUCGGGGACCAUUGUAGAUUAGUGGUACGUUUGUAAAUAUGGGGGUAUACACCGUACCAUUGGUAGACAACUAGAUAUACACAUCAUGUAAAUAUGUAUACAUAACUAGAUUAUUGUGUAGAAAUGAUCAUACUUUUGAUGGGACAACUAGACUCCCAUGAAAUCCUAGUACUGGAUAUGUUGCCAAACCGUCCAUUUCGAAAAGGCGUU